GUCCGCCGCCGACAUGUUCAAGGAUAUGGACCAGGACGACAACGACAACGUUGCGGUCCCUAAGCCCGCCAAGAGCAACCAGAGCGACAGCACCAAGGACAAGCCCAGCCAGACCCAGGCCCAGGCCUCCAAGUCCCAGCCCUCACCCUCCCACUUGGCUACUCCUUCAAGCAAGCCCGCUCCCGCCCGGGAGGCCGAGGCUGCCCCCUCCCCUUCUUCCAACCACAAGAGCGAAGACAACCCGUUCGCUAGUCUGCCCCUUGUCGGUGGUCUGCUUGGCGGUGCUGGCCUCCCCAUCUAAACCAGCGAAAAGUGUCAGCUUUUUUUUUUCCCUUUUCGUAAGUUAUGGCAAUUAGUUGCCGGGGGGCAGGGGAAUUAUGCGGGUGAUCUUUGGAGAUUUCUGCCGGGGCGAUGGGAUGGCAGAUGAGGGGUACUUUUGAACACACUUUCGUUUAACGCAUUAUGCUUUGUUUCUAUUAGAAUAGUUUUAAAUCAACCCAUGCACAUUCGUGCCCUGUGGUAUAGCA